GCAGAUGGUCCAUUGGCAAACGCACCCUGUUCACGUCACUUUUCGCAGUCGAUCAGUUAUUGUCUACGAUGUCACCAGUAUGAAGGUUCCCUGGUGUUCAUUCAUACCGAGUACAAUGUUUCAUUAUUGAUAAAGUCGGCUCAAAAAGCUGUCAAAGUUAUCCGAAAUGAAACGAUAACAAUUUUAGUGUGGAAUGGAUCUAGCCGAAAGGAAGUGCGGAAUUUCGGCUGGGGUAAGGACGCCUUUAUCAAUAAGAAUUGCACUUACACUCGAUGCGAAAUGACCGAUAAUCGGUCGGAACGGCCUCUCGAGCAGUUUGACGCCAUUGUCUUUGUACUUAAUGACGAAUUCACUUCACCGGAUCAACUGAUGAUGCCGGAUUUUCAAAACAAACGCAACGCGAGUCAGCACCUCGUCAUGUUCACUCAAGAGUCUCCCCCAGCGCUGAAAUCAUAUUACAACAUGACUCGAUUAGCUCAUUUUUUCAAUUGGAGUAUGACUUACAGAAUGGACUCUGAUAUCCGAUUACUCUACGGUCGGAUUAUCCCGAAAGAACACGCUCCUCGCACACCGGAAGAAAUAAAUGAUUUAAGAAAAAAAGCUCGUGUUAGUCUGCCGCCAGAUUCAAAACGUAACAAGACCAAAUCAGUUGCCUGGAUGGUUUCCCAUUGCAAUACCCACGGCCAAAGAGAAACGUACGUUAAAGAGCUGAGCAAAUACAUCGACGUCGAUAUUUACGGCGGAUGUGGUAAUCUGUCGUGUGCGCUUGACGUAUUGCAUCACUCGGACCCUCAGUGUUACGACAUGCUCGAGUCAACCUACAAAUUCUACAUCUCAUUCGAAAAUGCCAUUUGUACAGACUACGUCACUGAAAAGUUUUUCAAAAUUAUGGGCCACCACAUCGUUCCGGUUGUCUAUGGAGGAGCUGACUACACCCAACACGCACCGCCCCAUUCGUACAUCGACGCCCGCAAGUUCAAACCCAAAGAAUUGGCCGCUUAUCUCAAAUUACUCGAUGCAAACGAAACUCUCUACAACGAGUAUUUCUGGUGGAAGGAUUAUUAUAGCGUGGAAUACAGCGUAGAAGACAUGACUCGUCACGGCUUUUGUGACUUGUGUCAAAAACUGCACGAGCAACAAGAUGGCGAUUUUCGGACUUAUAAGGGACUGGAGUCGGAAUGGGGCGAUGGCAACAAGUGUCAACCCUUUGAUCCUAGUUGGAUAUCAUAAUAUUAAAUUGAAUCAAUACAUUUGCACAAAACUGUUUCGCCUGAUGUGUGUAGCUUUUGAUACUUUGUCCACUCUCUCUUGUCACUCACUCACUCGAUUCAUUGGAAUUUUGGGGGAAAUUUAAAAAGUACACUUUGGAGUCAUCGCUUAUAAUUAAACGAUAACGAUUGCAAUGUUUUCCCGUUUAAAUAUUUUUUUUUUUUACAAAUAACGGAAAUAAACAAACCAAAAUCUCAGCUAUCUUGCCCCAUAUCUACGGAGAAAGUUGCCGAACGUGUUGGUGUAACCUGGGUUUUGAUUUGUUGUGAUUUUAUGUUUUUAAUUUUGAUUACAUCUCAAG